AUGAGCAGCCUGGAAGAAGCACUGCUGCAGAAGCCGCCCCCGUCGGUGGUUGUGUGCCACCACGCCGCCGCGGCCUGCCACCAUGAGGGGUGCCCCGGGUGCGCCAUGGACCGGAGGAAGGAGAGCCUCCGCGGGAGGAUCCCUUACAAGGAGCUUUUCUUCGUCGCUGCCACCACUCUCGCUGGAUCUCUACCAAUCACAUGCCUCUACCCCUUCAUGUAUUUCAUGGUUAGAGACUUCAACAUUGCUAAAAGAGAGGAAGAUAUUGGAUCCUAUGCUGGUUUUCUUGCUGCUUCAUACAUGAUUGGAAGAGCCAUUACCUCGAUAUUUUGGGGUAUUGCCGCAGAUCGUCUCGGACGAAAGCCUGUAAUUGCAUUUUCAAUGCUAUCUGUGGUCAUACUUCAGAUAUUCUUCGGGCUAAGUACAAAAUAUUGGAUGGCGAUUGCUGCAAGACUUCUUCUAGGUUCUCUAAAUGGAUUACUUGGACCAAUUAAGGCUUAUGCCAUUGAAGUUUGUCAAACUGAACACCAAGCUCUUGGCAUCUCAGUUGUGAAUACCAUGUGGGGUUUGGGUGUUGUUAUUGGUCCAGGACUUGGUGGUUACCUUGCCCAGCCUGCUGAAAAAUAUCCACAGACCUUUUCCAAGGAGUCAGUUUUCGGGAGGUUCCCAUAUCUGUUACCUUGUCUCGUUGUGUCAAUCUUUGCUGCCGUUGUUCUAAUAAGUUGUAUAUGGCUUCCGGAGACUAUACAUAAACAUAAGAUUACUGAAAAGGAUAUCAGCAUAGUCAAAGCCUUGCCAUCGCAACAGGCUCAUUGGGAUAUGCCUCGUAAGAAGAGUUUGCUUCAGAACUGGCCAUGGAUGUCAACUAUGCUAUCAUAUUGUCUGUUUGGUCUUCAUGAAACGGCAUAUAGUGAGAUACUUUCCAUAUGGGCUGUGAGUGACAGAAAGUAUGGCGGCCUUAGCUUCUCAUCUGGAGAUAUUGGCCAGGUUCUUUCAGUGUCAGGUGCUAGCCUUCUUGUAUAUCAGCUUAUAAUUUAUCAUUGGGUUAAUAAAUUUCUCGGGCCACUCAAUUCAUCGCGCAUUGCUUCCUCUCUAUCUAUUCUUGUACUCGCUACGUUCCCUUUUAUGACAUAUCUGUCUGGAACAAAACUGUCUUUUGCAAUUUAUGUUGCAGCCAUGACAAAAAGUGUUCUCGGGAUAACUAUCACUUGUGGAAUGUGCCUUCUUCAGAACAAUGCAGUGCGUCAAGACCAGAGAGGCACUGCAAAUGGUAUAGCGACAACCGGCAUGUCGUUUUUCAAGGCAGUUGCUCCAGUAGGGGCAGGAAUUCUAUUCUCAUGGGCACAAAAACGUCACGAUGCCACCUUCUUCCCAGGUGAUCAAGUGGUGUUCUUGAUGCUGAUUUUGGUGCAGCUCUGUGGACUGAUAUCUACCUUCGAGCCAUUCCUGGUCUUGCCUCCAGUAGAAGAAUGUCGGUAA